GCGUAAGUUUGAAUUAGCUGGCGGGUUGCAGCUUGUGUGAGAUUCUAUGUGAAUGGUUCUAUCUCGAUUUGUUUCCCAUCUCUUCUGUUGCUGACAGCUUGUUUCCAACGCGAGUCUGGGGGCGAGUGGCUGUGCUUAUUCUCCAUAUUACUGCUAAUAAUACUGCUCCUAAAGCUGCCUGAGUUGACUUAGUUUGGGAUUAACAAGCUUCUAUUUAAUCACCUGUUUUGGUUUGGAAGCAAUACAAAUAGUCAUGGAUAAAUCCAAGAUUCCUGUUCCCAAGUCCCAAGGAGUACCUAAUACAGAAAAACCCUAUAUCAGUGACCAAAAUGUACCAUGUGCCAAAAAGCCAUGUCCUCCAAAACCCACUCUGCCUCUCUACAGCAAGGAUCCAAACAUUGUAUUCUCAACCAGUGUGCCUGACCUCAGUGUGUUCAAAGCUGGUGGUAAUGGAAAAAAACCCAUUGCAUCUAAGAAACCUUCUGCUCCAACCCGCGGUGUCACUACUCGGUACAGGAUGGAAGCAGAACUGCGAGACCGGAACCAGCUUUUGGAGGCAGCUAAUGUCAGCUUGCAUACAAACCUGACUAACGCACAGGUUACUAUUAAAGAAAUGAAUGAACGCCAAGUGGUGCUGGAAAAUGAGCUCAAGGAGUUGAACCGGCGGUUAGAAAAAAAUAUGAUUAUUCUUGAAAACAGAAAUAUUGAUCCAGUUUCAGGGGAAGAAAUCUUGGCGUGUGCUGAAGAAACCAGCAAGUUAAGAUCAGAGACAAAGCACUUCACAGAAAAUCUUUUAAAUGAACUGCAGAAUUUCAGCCAAGCAGCCAGUGAGCAAAGAACCCUUAUGCAGACUGUUAUAUCAAAAUGGAAAGAAGCAGAUAAAGGAAGAAAUCAGUUUGUGGAGGACCAGCAAGCGUUUGAGAGAGAACUUGAACAGUUCCGGGAGUGCUUACUUCAGGCAGAGAAGCAGCUGGAUGUGUGAAGAGCAACAACUCAGUGCUCCUGUCUUCAGAUAAAACAAAAUACUACCUGGCUGUACAUACUCUCUUCUAUGCUAUGAGAACUCCUUGCAGGAAUACCCACCUCUGGUACUGGGAACGUUAAAUAUAACUAAAGCUAGUUUGUGCACAUUGUGCACUUGAGAGCAAACAUCAUUACACAUACAGUUCUGACAGUUCAGCACACUUCCCAGCCAUUGUUCUGUUUGAUGUAUCUGAUUAUUAUAAUAUAGAGAGAAAGUGUGAGUGUGUUCAUGCUGCACACACUGUAGAAUAUCAAUGGCUGAUUAUGGCAAACACUUCAGCACUGUGUGUUGGACAGUCGGUGUCAGCCCAUUACAUACAAUAAGAAUAUGAUGAUAAGCAGCAAUUUAAAACCAACAUGCUUUUAAAUUGAUAGGAAAGCAUGGGCUGAAAUGAUUUCUAGAAUAUGACCAGCACUAUAAUCAGAAGGGAAAUCGGAGCUGCUUUAUUAAUAUACAACUUAGGUAAAUUCAGGAAGGAAGGUGUUACUAGUUUACAAGGAUCAGUAAAUGUCUGAUACCACUGAUUUUGGUGACUGGAAAUCACAGAGAAAGGCAAGGACUGUGCACACACUCUGGAAACUUCUUUGUAGCCUGUAAAUAUUCCCUUGUUUAUUUUUGAAUAAAUAUUAACAGUUUUCAACUUUUA